GCGAGCUCGUGAGCCUGUGAGCAGUGGGGGUUGGUCCCGUGGCUCCGGCCCCCGGUGCAGAAUGGCGGCGGCGGUUCGGAUGAACAUCCAGAUGCUGCUGGAGGCGGCCGAUUACCUGGAGCGGCGGGAGAGAGCGGGGCUUGCCCCGGCCGGCCCCUACGUGGACCUGCUGGAGGAGCAGCGCCUCUCCUGUACGGCUCCGCAACCCCCGACCCUGACUCCCGGUGUUUGCCCAGCAUCUUCGCCUGAAGCUGGUCCCACUUAACACACACCAACCUGCUGGACGUUGCCAACGGGAAACCCAGGCUCCAUGAGCUUGGCGACUUACGUGUCUUUCUCAACAAUGAGCAACUAGAAUGCUCCUUACACCUGCUCCGUACAGAGGGUGUUCGCACAAUUAAAAAAACAAUUAUUGUUCUAAGAAUUCCACUUUGCUCCGUUUAUUUUCACAUUAUUCUUUUAAUGAAAAAAGCUGAGCAUGGUUAUGCCUCCAUGUUACCAUACAAUAACAAGGACAGAGAUGCCUUAAAACGGAGGAACAAACCCAAGAAGAAUAACAGCAGUAGCAGAUCAACUCACAAUGAAAUGGAGAAGAAUAGACGGGCCCAUCUUCGCUUGUGCCUGGAGAAGUUGAAGGGGCUAGUUCCACUUGGGCCUGAGUCAAGUCGACACACUACACUGAGUUUAUUAACAAAAGCCAAAUUGCACAUAAAGAAACUUGAAGAUUGUGACAGAAAAGCCAUUCACCAAAUAGACCAGCUUCAGCGAGAGCAGCGACACCUGAAGAGGCAGCUGGAGAAGCUGGGCAUUGAGAGGAUACGGACAGACAGCACUGGCUCCACGGUCUCCUCCGAGCGCUCGGACUCCGACAGGGAAGAAAUCGAUGUGGAUGUUGAAAGCACAGACUAUCUCACAGGUGACCUGGACUGGAGCAGCAGCAGCGUGAGUGAUUCUGACGAGCGGGGCAGCAUGCAGAGCCUCGGCAGUGACGAGGGCUACUCCAGCUCCGGCAUGAAGAGGAUAAAGCUCCAGGACGACCACAAGACGUGUCUGGGUCUAUAAGGGAGCGCGGUCCCUUCAGCUGCCUCGCAGAUGGCUCUGCCUGUCGGAUCGGAUUAGGUAGUGUACUGGACCUGCCUGCAGUUCCCUUGCACGUAAACGUCAGUGUACCACCUUUACCAAAAUCAGCUUUGUAAAAGUUUUCAAGGAACUGCUUAGGACUGUGGGUUUCUGAUUGCAUCCACUAGCUUCUCUUUCUCUCCAUAAAAAUUCGUCUCUGAGAGACUGUACAUUCCAAUCAAUUUGAAGCACCCAAGAAUUCUUAGACCGAAUGAGCAACUGUCACAUCUCAGCAAUUCCCCUUCCUAUUUACUGUCUCCGUGUAGUGACCCCAACCUUUCUUAAAGAUUUCUGGCUUACUCUGCUACUUGCCUAGAAGAAAUGUCCGAAUGUGUCUUGUGCUUAGGAAGCUGAAGGAAACAAACUCUUAAAGUUGAGAUCCUGAUCUCAAAACUCCAAAGUAAGCUUUGAAAGCGGCAUUUAAGAGCACUGAACCACGGACCUCACCCCCCCGAGGAGUCAGGAAUACCUCCAGAAAACCCGCCCUGCACACAUACCUGCGCUAAUACCCUGCCCCGCGUGUGGAGGGGAACAGUAUUUCUCAUUUUAAGAUGGACACCUUGACAGCAUGUCUUUGGGGUCGCACAGCUUAUAAAAGUUCCACCAUUGUUUAUUCUCGAGAAUGAAACGGUACAAUCUAUUUUUGUGUGAUGUUUUGGGGACUGUGCUGUGUAGUGCCAGCCCAAGGCAUGUUCUCCCCUCAGAGUCUGUGAUGCGACUUGUCUCUGGAACAUUUUUUUUUCCUACCUCAGAGAUAAAUGAGAUCUCCAUUUCCCACUUAACACAAAAGUGAUUAUGCCUUUUUUUUUCUGAAUAAGUGACAUUUGGUCCAAUUCUAAUCUAUUUUCCUAUUUAACUUUCAGCAAUAACUGAGCUUUGGCACUAGCUGAGCUGGUGUCCACCAUCAGUGAAAGGAAAAGUCCAUAUUUCUACUCCCUAUGUUGCAGGUGAUCAGGAGGGAAUGGUACAGUGUCACUAGAAUUUCUCUCCUAAGUGAUUAUUUUUGGACACUCCCGGAAACUUCUUUAUGGAGGUUUUUGGGUUGAUAGUUUAAAAGGCUGAGUUUUCUUUUUGGUUAUGAUUUCUCCCUUAAGUGGUCUCCCACUUUGUAGCAGUUUUAUUUAAGCUAAAACAGAGCACAUGUAUAUGUACAUAAGACACAUUAAAUCUAUAAAUACUAUUUAUUCAUUUUAUAUAAACUAAUGUAAUAGAAAUAAAUUCUUAUGACUUUGUGCUUUUAUAGAUGUUCUAGAAACUUUGUAUGUAGGUAUCUACAAAAUUGGUUCAUUCCCCUUAAUAUUUUUGCAUUCAUAUUUUUGAAGUCUUGAUGUUGUCAGCCUCUGGCAAAUCUUUUUCAUCAAAUUUGAACCAUUUGUAAAAUCUGUGACGCUGAAACUGUGUGUCACAAAGUGAUGAGAACAUUCCUACAAUCCACAGACGCACUGCAACCUAAGGGCUCCGCGGCGGAACCAGGAGCAGGCGGCCCGGUGCUCCCACUGGCCUGAGGUCUCUAGCCCGCCACAGCCUUGCUCCUCCAGCGCCUCCACCUUCCAUGCAACUAAUAGUCCACACGCACUCUCCACAGGGGCUCAUGCUCUACAGGAAGAGCAGGCUAAACAAAGCAAGAUUACUUUUGUGGGUUUUUCUUUUUAGUGAUUCUUUAAUGUAUUUAAAAGUUUUUAAUUGGAGUCGUGGAUUCCUAAAUGAUUCCAAAGUCAUCUGUAAUUCUUCUGGGUUCUGUUUUGUUGGUUUUCUUCUUCUUUUCAGCUUUGGGUAUGGAGAGGGCAGGUGACACAAAGGGUUUUUUUAUUGUUGGAAUAUUUUCCGAUUACCAGCUGAAGAUUUGCACUGAAAUACAACUUGUAUGCCUUUUGCAUUUUUAAAGCCUGCUUUCUGGAUUUAAGCAGCGUGAUAGUGUUCAGAGAGCCAGCUCAGCCUGUAACAUGUUUGAAAAAGAUAUAUCUGCACUUUGAGGUCCCUUUCGAAUGCUAUUCGCUAGACCUCUCAAGCAUUUUGUUUGCUACAUUCAAGCGCCUCACAAGUCCAAGAUGCUGGAUGCUGGAUGGCAUCAAAAAACUCAAGACUUCGGGAAAAGCUUGUGGGUUUGCAUUGGGGGAGGGAAGGGAACAAAAUUUGUGUAUUUGUUUAAUUUAGAAAUGUGGCAUCUGAGAUGCUAUUAUUUUCUGUGUUUUAAUUGUUGUGCCUUUGAGUUAAACUGCAUUUUUGUCUUUUGGUUGAAAUAUGAACUGUACUGUCCCAAUAUAAAACAGUAAUUAUUUGACCUUUGCACUGUUUGUCUGGUCCUUUUCAAUUUGAUUGCAUAUAUAAAUGUAGGACUUGAUAGAUCUCUAUAUUUUUAAAGCCCUUGUAAUAAACUGACACCAGGGUUUGGCAUGACUUUUCAAAACCUGAGGUAGACCAUGGCAUGCUAGACAGGCCUCUCUCACCAAAACUGUAACUUUCAGGACCAGCAAACUCAGCCCCAGGCAGCUAAUCCCCUUCCCAUGUGGCUGAGGGGCAGCCCAACCCACCAAUCUGUCCUCUCACUCAUGGAUCCACCAGCGGGACAGUUAAGAGCUAUACAGUCUUUGAGGUUUUGUUUUUUAAGCAAAAUGAGAAACCUUUCUAUCAGGGGUUGUCGUGGGUGGGUGGGGGGAGGGAAUGGGCAAAGAUAGAAACCCCAGCCUUUAAGACUUUGACAAUUGUACUUAAAUACAUAUGUCUGUAAACACAGGCAUAUGCAUAUUUUUAUGUGAAAAAUUGAUUUUUAAAACCUAAAAAGAAAUGUAUACUCACUGAUACCAUUGCAAUGCAAAUGGGAAAAUCAGAGUAUGUAGUCAGUUUGAUUUCAUGCAGUGAGAAAAUACAUGUUUGCUUCUGUUAACAUCCCAGAAAACAUAGCUUUCCAUGCCUGUUGGCUUGUAAUGGCAGGCAGAACACCCAGGGUAUUUGUUUUGGUUUUCUUUUGCUAAGCAGAGAUCCUGAAUUCUUCAAGGUGCAGAUAGUGAUUGCUGACUCCUUUCUUUAGUCACAGACCUAAUGCUAGUUAAUGAUUCAAAGUGUGCCACAUUUUUCAGCAGGACCUAGAAUCUUCUCCUGGUAAAUUUAAGACUGUAAUAAUGAUUUCAAUGUCGAUUCAAAACUGGGCAUUAAGUAGGCCCUGCCCCUUGAGUGGUUUUGGCUUUUUUAAGGUAGGCAUCUUCCUUUAACCUCUACUUUUUUCAAAAGAAACAAAGGGUCCUUACCUGAGUUUCCUACAGGCCUCUCUUCUCCGUCCCUGAAGUGGCCAAGAACAAAACCCUGAGGUGUGGUGGGGGAAAGCCCAUAAAAUAGGUAGAAUUGUGAUGCUCAAAGUAAGCGUCCUGCAAUAUCUUGGGGCUUGCUAAGAGAUUUUGUGGGAUUUUUUCUCCUUGAGUCUAACCCAUCAUUAAAGAGAAAACUUAUUUUUAAAAUAUACAUAAUGUUGUCAUUUAGGUUCUUAUAUCAUACUUUGUGGGCAAGAAUACCACUUUCAUUGUGCUAUUUAAUCUAUUCCUGAAUCUCGGUCUUGUCUUUUUUACUUGUGUCUCUAAGUUCGUUUUCUCCCAUACGUGCCCUGUGUGUUGAACACCAGGAAGUCAAAGGCUACCAGGCAAUUUCCUUCAAAUGUCAGUCCAUUAUUUUCUUAUGUCUGCCUCCUGGAUGCAUUAUGUGCAGGUAGCUGGCUACUCCUGAUUUACUCAAUGCUUCCUGGGAGAGGACAACCCAAAGACCCUUUGUGGGGUGGGUUUUCUCAUUCUACAGGAUCAGAUCUCUGUAGACAGAUGUUUUGUUUCCAAAGAUACCUGGGUAUUGAGGGUGCUGGGUGGACUGAUAUGUGACUUAUCAUGAUUUUUUCAUUAAUAUUUAUUACAAGAUGAUUUUCUGGUACUAUAUUCUUCUGAAAGAAGAAAUAAUUGCCUGGCACUGUUAGAGUCAGCUGUUAAAUGGCUGAAGAAAUUGAGUACCUUUGACUUCUCUCAAAAUCAUAAAAUGAGAAUUAGUAAGGUACCCAAUUCUAAGAUUGGCUAGAUUUUGAUUUCUUAUUCUAUCUGGGGGUUUGGGGGACAUUCUUCAUUUUAGCUUUUACCUGAGAACCAAUCUUGCCUUCAGCCCUUGUCCCUAGAAUUGGUGCUCUGGGAACAUCGCUGUUAACCCUCAAUGUCAGGGGCCCUCUUCCUAAUGGUGAACACACCCUAAACAGGAGCAGCAGAGAGAGUAUGAAAUUCUGUCUCCAGAUGUUUGUUUAUUUAUGUAAAUAUGAUGCCAAUGUAAAUCCUGUGUCAAAAUAUAGAGAAUGGUGCUUUUACUACAGUUAGCACACGCAUUUUUAGAACUACAUGUUUUAGGGAAUCUUUGCUGUGUGUAUGUAAACUUCUGUGCUGUUUGACCAUUAACAAAUAAUAAAUUAUUUCAUUACGAAAGAAA